CUUUCACGUCUUCCUCUCCGUCUCUGCGAGCAGACCUCGGGAAUCCAGACGGACUAAUCGAUAUGUGGUGAGAAGAGCCAAUCAACCAAUUGCAAACCAGUAAGCGCACAACACUGCAACAUUGCAACAUUGAUCUGCUACAUUGAUCUACUACAUUGAUCUGCUACAUUGAUUUGCUACAUUGUAUCAACGCACCAAUGUUGAUGACGCGUCCUCUUCCCGAUGCAAAAUCCUUCUUGGCAAUCGAGCCGCCUCCUUCGCCGUCACACCACGGCAAGAAGAUCAUAGCACGCAGCAACGUGCAUUACAGCUGUGAAGAGCCGACCAGAGAGCAGGUCUGGGUGGAAAACUAUGAGCGACGUCUGAAGCAGAUGGCUGACUGUGGGUUUCGUUCUGUUGACUACAAGCCGUAUAGAGAGUUGGAGGAGGUGGAGCUGGAUGAUCGAGUUUUGAUGUUGAAGGCUGUUGGGCAGCAUGAUCGGGAGGUUGUUGAUGAGAUCAGUGUGGCUGGUGAUGAGGAUGAUGUUGGUGUGGGGAGACUGGUGAGUGGUUGGAAUCGAACGACCACUGGAAGUCCAUCGAUGGGAGGAAGGAUCAGCAGCAUUCUUGCCUCCUGUGGACCAGUGAUGACGCCAAUGAUUGGUGGACAGCUAGAAUCAUUGAAUGGCCACUUGAAGGACGGCAGGAAACGAAUCGGUCGCGUGAAACAGGGUCAUGGCCUUUUUCCAGAAAUACAAGAAGAAGAGAGGAAAAGAUUGGAACUCAGUCAAGAGGCAGCGAGGAAAGAGCAAGAACUCCGGAAGUCUGAAUGGAACUCAACAGUAGCCAAUACAAUGGUAUGGAAUAGCAGUAGUGAAGAUGAUGAUGACGAUGACGAUAGCAAAUGCUCAUUUGCUUCGAGCACACCACAUUCAAGAAUUGAGUCUGUGGCAGCUGACAGCACUGGUGGUGGCAUAGAAGAUGCUGAGAGUGAGAAAUCUGUUUCUGACUACGAAUCUUUUGCUGACGAAGACAAACAAGAUGGAAGCACUGAUGACAAUUCCAGUGUAGAUAAGAUGCCUAUAUCGACCAGUCACUCUGGCAGUAAACUUGCUGGUCACCAGGCUCCAGUGUCAAUGAGCAGGAAAUCAAUGGCACACAAUGAUGGAAACAAUCAACUUUUUCAAACAAGUCACGAAACCUUUGGAACCAAUGCAAGUGGCGAACCAGGAGACGCAGACACAGUGUUUCGACAGUUGAGGUCGCUGCAAUGGCUACUUGAGGCGAUGCUUCAGAAGGUGCCCGGAUGCAUGCCACCAAUUAUGUCAACGUGGCAAACAAGAAUUGACAUGCUAAAGAAGAUUGACAGCAAGGAGAUUGUUGAAACUCGAAAGCGAAGAGAAGACAGUUGGGAAAAACUGGUCACACAACAUGGUCCAAAGAAGUAUGUGCUUCUCAAUCCAUUGCUAAAGACUACCAAUGAUUCAAGCAGUAAAAGUAGUGUGAUAUCAAGUCGACAUAAUUUGAAUACAUCUGGUUACUUUACAAGAAGUGGCCUUAUCAAGGAGUCGUCGUUAUUAUUGGAUACUCCACCAGGAAUGCUAAUGGAUGAAGAUCGAGAUGCUGCUUAUGAGGCCACAGUCGCUCUGGUCACUUCAGGUGUGUUUCCUUCCGACAUCACCGACAAAGAAGAGAUGCAGUCUUUACCAAGGACACCGAAAAGGCAGCCCCUCCAACAACCUCUGAAAGCUGCAUUCAAAAAAUCACCUGAUCCUGUGAAAAAGAGUCAUCCAGUGGCAAGUCUUAGACCGCCUGCUAUUAUGCCUCGCAUGACUCGUGGUGCACUGCUACGACAUCCUUCUCUGACGAAAACUUAUCCUCCCAACACGCAGUCUGCACAGCCCAAGCCUCGACCAAAGAGCAGUCCUCCUAUCCAGCGUAAACUCACG